AUGAGCUCAGAUGACAAGAACCAAUCGCUUCUCCAGCUCAGUCGGCAACAUAACAGAUCCAUUGUCUCGCAGCUCGUUGACAUUGGAAGUAAAAGCAACCAGACAGAGCAUAGCAAGCUCCUCUACUAUAUCUCCAGCCUUCGGUGCCUUGAACCAAGGGCCUACGAAUUGCGCCGCCGCUCGAUUAAUGCGCUCCGCCGCUCAGAUUAUGUGGCACUGUCCUACACUUGGGAUGCUUCCGAGUACGAAGACCCUGAACCGAGCAUGCGCCCAGUGGAAAACUGGGAUAACAAGCGAGUGGAGGGUUCAAAAGUGCUAAAAUGCGUUUUUGAUCGCGUCAUUGGCUACAUGCACCAUGUCGGCGUUGACUUAUUUUGGAUCGACGCCCACUGUAUCCGCCAAGAUGCAUGCAACCAAGAUGAUUGCGUCGACCAUGACCAAUGCAUCGAGAAGCGUAAUGCUAUACAAGCAAUGGAUCUUGUCUAUCAGUUGAGCAAUCAUCCGGUAGCGUUGCUAGGCCGGCCUCUGAACUCGAAAAACGAACUGCAACUCCUUGCGGGGGUUCUUGAGGGCCGUUUCGUCACGGGCGGACGCGAACACUGGCUAUCAGCAGCUUAUGGUCGCGACGAGGCGAUGGAAGCGCUGUUGCUGCUUAGGAGAAUUACGAAUGACAGGUGGUGGUCUCGCGCUUGGACAUUCCAGGAAAACUACCGUGGUGGAGAUAGGAUGAAGCUAUUGAUCCGUCAUGAGAAGUCUCUCGAGUCGCAGAAGAGGAUGUGCUCCAGUUUCGGAAAGAUACCGGGAGAGCUGUGCAUCUGUUCUGUCCUGUUCUCCGUAGAAGCAACGCGGCUGUGCCUGGCUCUGCGCAAGGUGGCGGGAUUGUCACGGUUGGUGUGUGAGCAGAUCGACCUCGUUCUCAGCGCUGCCGGGAGAUACAAGCUCCUGCUACCAGCCUCAAGCCCCAUGACCCCAACGGUGAUCACCGAUAUCGAAAAGCGCGGUUGUUCGAAGUCAUGGGAUCGGCUUGCCAUUGUAGCUAACUGCUGUCGUUACAGAGUGAGGCUCGACCACGGGCCACUGAUCCAAAAGUCCCAUAGUCUCAGUCUAUCAAUUCUAGCCGUGUGUCUGCUCAACGGCGAAAUUCUCGACAACAGCCACGACACUUUGCCAUCGGUAGCCGAGCUGACGGUAUCGGAAUUCAUUAAGAAGGUUAUGUUCCGGAAAUUCAACGCGCCCGAGAACGGCCCUCGGCCAUUAACGUACAACAAAGGCUGUCGGCUGAUCGAUGUCGAGAUAACACAGCACGGCGUCAAAACGCGCGGCCAUCUGUGGAAACUAGGGCGCGUUGUUGAUACUGCAGAUUUCCCACCAGAAUUGCCGUGGAUUGAGGAAGCUAAAGGAAAUCUUAACCUGCACGAACGGAAAGCCCUGCUGCAGCUCGCCAUCUUUCUAGAAGAUACAGACGAUUUUCUGGCCGACCAGAUCUACGAUUACUUAGAUUACGACGCCGCCUCUGUUGGGAAAUGUUGGGUAACCUUUACCGAGAAGCAUCUCUAUGACAUGGCUGCGGAGCUGGCUGCAGGGAUUCUAGCACGCCGGGAGCUGAUGCUAGGUAAACUGUGGAACAGCCCGUGGUACUCGUCCUACCGUGCAGUUUUCAUUCUUCAAGAAACGGAAUGCAAUGGGCCAUCGCCGCCACCUUCCUUUGCCUUCACAUCGGUGAUGCAGGGACAAAUCGGUUCACAGCACCAUGACGCUAACGAUCUCGACUACAACGCCUCUCUUGCAGUCGAUAUUCAGGGUUCAGCGGGCGGCGAACCGCGCCUCCGUGUACAAAACUGGCUGCACGGCAUGUGCUUUUUCAAAGGCUGUCAGCGUACCAGAGUGGUUUUUCCUUGGCCAAAGUCGCUGCAGGCAGUCAGACCGUAA